AUCUAACCAUUCAGCUUUCUAUAAGACAAUAAAAUAAUAUUCACUUCUCUCUCUUUUUUUUCCAAAGAACUUCUUCUUCCUCCCCUUUUUUUCCCCAAUGCUGUCUUCAGCUUUUAGAACUGCCGGCCUUGCUCCUCGGUAUACAAGCCGUCAUAUCUUGAGAAGAACUACAAUCCCAGCAUGCGCUCUACACACUAGCCGUAAAACAAAGAGUGCAGCAGCAGCUGUGGCUACUUCACCAUCAAGCUACGAAGCAGAACCACACCGUCGACCAGCUGCACCCGUCGCUCAUACAAAACCAGCUCAGGUCUUCGACCACUCAUUCAUCGGCAAAUCCGGAGGUGAAAUAUUCCAUGAAAUGAUGCUUCGUCAUGGUGUGAAGCAUGUGUUCGGUUAUCCUGGAGGAGCUAUUCUUCCAGUGUUUGACGCUAUCCAUGAAUCCAAAAACUUUGAAUUCAUUCUACCUCGACACGAGCAAGGUGCUGGACACAUGGCCGAGGGCUAUGCUAGAGCAACAGGACGACCUGGUGUUGUCCUUGUCACAUCCGGUCCAGGCGCAACCAACGUUGUUACACCUAUGGCGGAUGCAUUGGCGGAUGGAACUCCUUUGGUUGUGUUCACUGGCCAAGUGGUAACGACUUCUAUUGGUUCUGAUGCUUUCCAAGAAGCCGAUGUGGUGGGUAUUUCACGAUCAUGCACAAAAUGGAACGUCAUGGUCAAGGAUAUUGCUGAAUUGCCCCGACGUAUCAAUGAAGCAUUCGAGAUUGCCACUAGUGGCCGACCAGGCCCUGUGCUUGUUGAUCUUCCCAAAGAUGUCACGGCUGGUAUUCUUCGACGCCCUAUUCCGGUCACUCCUUCUACUCCCAAAUCCGUUCGCUAUUCCAACACCGCAAUGUCAGCUUUCACCGAUGAGCAACCUUAUCAGUUGGAUAGCGUGUUGGCUAAGGUGGCUGAAACUAUCAACAAAUCAAAGCGUCCUGUUAUCUAUGCUGGUCAAGGUAUCCUCGCACGACCUGACGGACCAGCCGUGUUAAGAGAAUUGGCCGCAAAGGGUAACAUUCCUGUCACAACCACUCUCUGCGGUUUGGGUGCUUUUGAUGAGCGAGAUCCCAAGUCUUUGGAAAUGUUGGGUAUGCACGGAUCUUGCUACGCUAACUUGGCCAUGCAACACGCCGAUGUCAUUAUUGCUCUUGGCGCUCGAUUCGAUGACCGUGUCACCGGUAACCCCAAGUUGUUUGCUCCUGAAGCCAAAAAGGCUGCUGAAGAAAACCGUGGCGGUAUCUUCCACUUUGAGAUUGUUCCCAAGAACAUCAACAAGGUUGUUCAAGCUACCGAAGCCAUUGAAGGCGAUGUCACUGAAAACAUGCUUUCUAUGCUUCCUCACAUCGAAGGCAAUGAGCGCAAGGAAUGGUUUGACUGCAUCCAAGACUGGAAGAAGAAAUACCCAUUUUACUACGAUCUUCCUGUAAAUGAUACCGAUCCUUUGAAGCCUCAACAGGUCAUCGAUGAACUCGACAAACAAACUGCUGCUUAUAAGGAUAAGGUUAUUAUUACUACUGGUGUCGGCCAACAUCAAAUGUGGGCAGCACAGCAUUUCAAGUGGUCUCAACCUAGAUCUAUGAUCACCUCUGGUGGUCUCGGAACCAUGGGUUUCGGUUUACCUGCCGCUAUCGGUGCUAAGGUUGGAAAGCCUGAUCACGUUGUUAUCGAUAUUGAUGGUGAUGCUUCCUUCUCAAUGACGAUGAACGAAUUGGCUACCGCUGCUCAAUUCAAUAUUGGUGUGAAGGUCCUUUUGUUGAACAAUGAUUUCCAAGGAAUGGUCAAGCAAUGGCAAGAUUUGUUCUACGAGGAGCGAUAUUCAGGAACUGUUAUGCACAACCCCAACUUUGUCAAGCUUGCUGAGGCCAUGCACGUCAAGGGUAUUAAGUUGAACAACACAUCAGAACUUGAGUCCAAGAUGAAGGAGUUCUUAGAACACGACGGCCCCGUUGUUAUGGAUUGCCGCGUCUGCAAGGAGGAACUGUUGGUUCCUAUGGUUCCUGGUGGAAAGGCUUUGGAUGAUUUCAUUAUCCACCCUAAGCUUAGGAAAUAAUUUUUUGUUUUUUUGGGUGGUUUAAUUUCACAUCUUCCUCACAAUCCCCUCCCGCACUUCCACACUGUUAUUUUAUUCGCAUAUGCCCUUGCAUUCUAUCAUCGAUUUAUCAUAUAUAACUUCCACUACGAUUAAAAAAAUAUAUGACAAACUCAAUUAAUG